AUGCCCCAUGCCCUCUACACCUCCACCUGCGUGCCCCAUGCCCUCUACACCUCCACCUGCGUGCCCCGUGCCCUCUGCACCUCCACCUGCGUGCCCCAUGCCCUCUACACCUCCACCUGCGUGCCCCAUGCCCUCUACACCUCCACCUGCGUGCCCCAUGCCCUCUACACCUCCACCUGCGUGCCCCGUGCCCUCUACACCUCCACCUGCGUGCCCCGUGCCCUCUACACCUCCACCUGCGUGCCCCAUGCCCUCUACACCUCCACCUGCGUGUCCCGUGCCCUCUGCACCUCCACCUGCGUGCCCCAUGCCCUCUACACCUCCACCUGCGUGCCCCAUGCCCUCUACACCUCCACCUGCGUGGUCUAUGCCGUCUACACCUCCACCUGCGUGGUCUAUGCCCUCUACACCUCCACCUGCGUGCCCCAUGCCCUCUACACCUCCACCUGCGUGGUCUAUGGCCUCUACACCUCCACCUGCGUGGUCUAUGCCCUCUACACCUCCACCUGCGUGGUCUAUGGCCUCUACACCUCCACCUGCGUGGUCUAUGCCCUCUACACCUCCACCUGCGUGGUCUAUGCCCUCUACACCUCCACUUGCGUGUCCCAUGCCCUCUACACCUCCACCUGCGUGCCCCAUGCCCUCUACACCUCCACGUGCGUGGUCUAUGCCCUCUACACCUCCACCUGCGUGGUCUAUGGCCUCUACACCUCCACCUGCGUGGUCUAUGCCCUCUACACCUCCACCUGCGUGGUCUAUGGCCUCUACACCUCCACCUGCGUGGUCUAUGCCCUCUACACCUCCACCUGCGUGGUCUAUGCCCUCUACACCUCCACUUGCGUGUCCCAUGCCCUCUACACCUCCACCUGCGUGCCCCAUGCCCUCUACACCUCCACGUGCGUGCCCCAUGCACUCUACACCUCCACCUGCGUGCCCCGUGCCCUCUACACCUCCACCUGCGUGCCCCGUGCCCUCUACACCUCCACCUGCGUGCCCCAUGCCCUCUACACCUCCACCUGGGUGCCCCAUGCCCUCUACACCUCCACCUGGGUGCCCCAUGCCCUCUACACCUCCACCUGGGUGCCCCAUGCCCUCUACACCUCCACCUGGGUGCCCCAUGCCCUCUCUCUUCCCUUCUCUACUAAUUCUUCCAUCUGGGAUAUAGGAGAAAGAACAUGGGGGCCCUGCAUAAAUCUACGGACAACGCUACCCGGGAUUCAACCACUUUGA